AUGCUGGAGCGCAUGGCUGGUGCCUUUAGGGUGAUUGAUCGCCAAGUAUACAUCGAAGGCACAGCUGGUCAUAUCUUGAUCCGUGAUGCAGUCGAUCCCGACAACUUAUGCAUCAACCCCCUUGCUCGCCAUUUUGGCCUUAUUAAAAUUAGUGACAGAGUUCACGUCAACAUCAAGGGGGAAGUCAUCGGUGGAAAGUCCGCAUGUAUCAAUAAUGCGGGCUUCGAAAUUCACUCUGAGUUCCACGAAGCCCGUCCAGACUUCAACGCUGCAUGCCACGAGACCGCGUUUCCAUAUGCCUUGAUGGAAACCUCUAGCCGCAUCCCGCUUCUUGCGGGGACUGCUGCAGCAUCAGGAAUCGAGAGGCACUUCUGUCCUGAUACGGAAGCUGAGUACUAA